GGUAUUCUGGGUGACUUGCUCAUGCAGUAAAAUACACAUGUUAUGGUGGCAUCAUUCAUCAUAUCCCCCUUCCAAGCGGAAUCCACGUAUUUGCGUUAAACUGAGAUUUGGAUUCCACGCAUCACACCUUGUUUGCAGCUUCUAGUUUUCCUUUCAUACGAGCAUCAAGUCACGCGCUUCAAAUUCUCAUGUCACAACCUCAGGUCCGUCUCUCAAUUUGGGGUGGGUCAGCUACGAUUGUAAUAAAUGGAAGUGCAGUUAGUUGAUAAUUUCCGUAGAAAAAAGAAAUGGAUCUUGAUUCUGUGUGCGGUUGGUUUGGGUGGGUUUAGCGCUUUCAAGCUCUAUCACGCGCCUUCCGUAGCUCGCAAGAGAAAGAGGCUUUCGAAUCUUCUCAGUGCAUUGGUCUCCGUAGCGGAAGCCGUAUCCGAAUCUGCUGAUACCAUUGGAAUCGUCUCCAGAGACGUUAAGGAUUUUCUGGAAUCCGAUUCAGAUCAAAUCCCCAACAGCUUGAAGCAGAUUUCCAAGAUAGCUCGCUCGGAACAGUUGUCUGAGUCUUUGGUUAGCGUCACCCGUGCUGUGACCGUGGGAGUCUUGCGUGGCUAUGAAUCCAUGAACCGGACCGGUGGUGACCAAACCGGUUCAACCGUCGUGGACCGGGUGCUUGACAAAAUUUUAACACCAGCAGGGUCAGGUUUUGCUUCUGUAGUUCUUGGAAGCUUUGCUAGGAACCUUGUUCUUGCCUUCUAUUCAGACCAACAUAACCACUCAGGUAGGGAAUUUAACUCGAGCAAUUCCAAUUCGGAAACUGUUCUAGCAUGGGUGGAUGUAGUUUGUGGUGAUAGGUGUGGGGAACUAAUUGGGAAUUGUGUUCAAUUGUUUGUGAGCACCGCGGUUGCGGUUUAUCUCGACAAGACCAUGCAUAUCAACACCUAUGAUGAUUUCUUUGCUGGCUUAACUAACCCAAAGCAUGAGACCAAUGUGAGGGACAUGUUGUUAUCUGUUUGUAAUGGCGCUGUGGAGACUCUCGUCAAGACAUCUCACCAAGUGAUAACAAGUUCAAAUGCUGAUGUUGGUUCUGGUUCGGAUUCAUAUUUAUCUAUCGGAGAAACUGUGAGAAAUGAGGACUUGGGUGUAGGAAUGUCGUCGGUUGAAUCGAAAGUGGAUGUUUGUGAUGAUGAAAAUAAGAGUGGUUGGCUGAGCAAGGUUUCGUCUACGUUGGCGGUUCCCAGCAAUAGGAGCCUUGUUCUCGAUGUGACCGGCAGGGUGACAUUUGAGACUGUUAGGUCGUUCAUGGAGUUUGUUUUGCAGAUAUUUUGUGCUUCUGUGAGAAGAUGUGCUCAUAUUGUUCAUGAGGCAGUACUUGAGAUUGUGAGAUAUGUUGCAGCAAAAUCCUCUGUUAUCGUCACAAUAUGUCUCUCGUUGUGCCUGCACAUAAUGGGUGGAGGUUGGGCUUUGGUGACAGCUUAAGUAGUUGUGACUACUUUCAUUCACCAAAUAGAUGUCAAUGGUGAUUUGAACUUGAAAAGUUUUCUGUAGUUGCUGCUUCCUUGGCCAUGCAGUUGUAUCAUAAUAUAUAUAUAUAUAUAUAUAUAUAUAUAUAUAUAUAUAUAUAUAUAACACAUACAUCGAUUAAUUUUGUAAAUGAAUUUGAAAUUCUGAAAUAUUAAAGAAUGUACAGUGACCAUGGAAGUCGUGUCUUCUCUUACCAAUGUAAACUCAUGGGGCAAACAGCAGUACUUUCUGUGUUGGGUGUUAUCAUUCAUGAUUAGAAGUUUAGAACCAUUCUUGAAUUGGAAUCUUAAUAUUUUAUUGUAAACACAUCAGUUUGUAUAUGUUAUUGAUUUGAUAUUUUCCA